AUGCUCGAAUCAAAAGGCUGGAAUUUGACGCACCAUGACUACUCUAUAGUUGUCAUUUCGUCCACUGCUUCAUGCUGCCCGUUUGUCCGCGGAAUUUCCAGCGAUGAACGGGCGUGUGACAGCAGACUGAUGGACACCCAGGCCAAACUCCCUGACAGUGCUUUUAGCGCGAGCAGUGUCCGGCACAACUUGCCCGAAUUCCGACCUUAUCGUGCCAGGCUGGCCAGUCUGUAUGCCGGCAAAGAGCACACGAGCGUGCGUGUCUGGUGUCCCAACAACACAGUGCAAACGGCGAUGAACGAGUGGAUCCAAGUGGAUUUCCCCGACCUUUUCAUAAUCAGGAAUAUCUUCACAGCUGGUCAUGGUGAUGGAAACUGGCUGCUUCCAGAUGAUCCGAUCAAUUUCAAAUAG